UUAGAACGGACAGUGUAUGUGUGGGUAGAGACAGGAAUGGCGGAAAGAGCAUCGUCUGCCUCUGCUGCUGAAACCAAAACAGUGUCUUCAACUUCCGACCAUGUUUCUCUAACCCACACUUUCCUUAAAAGAAUGGGCAUGGACCAACCCAUUCCUCAGAGUUGCUAUACCAGCGGCUUCUACUCCAACUUCUUUGGAAGCUUCAUCAAGGUCGAUCACAUCAAGAGGGGACGAAUUUCUUCAACUAUUACUGUCAAAGCUCCAAUCUCCAAUUUGUUUGGAAUACUGCAUGGAGGGUCUGUUGGAUCUUUCAUUGAGUUGCUGUCGAUUGCUUGUGCAAGAACUGUUGUUGCUGAGGACAGGGAACUUUUUCUCGGGGAAAUUAGCGUGUCUUACCUCUCUGGAGCUCCAAUCAAUGCUGAAAUUCUAGCUGACGCCACUGUGGUGAAGAGUGGAAGAAAUGUAACUAUGGUUGCAUUAGAGUUUAAGCUGAAGAAGACUGGGGAUUUGUUUUACAUUGCUCAUGCUACCUUGUACAACAUCCCGGUUGCCAAGUUAUGAAGGUCCUUCAUGUUGAUAAUUUCAAGUAUAUGUUAUCAAUUGAGUUUACUACAUAGCUAGAAAAAACUAAUCAGAGCUCAAUAGUUAAAUAAGCAAAUGGACGCUUAUUUAUCGCAGUCACAAGACGUGAG